CAGACCCGAUUUAUAUCUCCACCGUUCAUUAGCAUCAAAUAUGACCGUCUUCCUUUUUCCAAUCUAUCAAUCCCUCACCAUUUACAUUCGCCGGCAAUCAUGGCCGCCGCCGCCACCAUCGCUCUUCUAAAUUCCACCCUCCCAUAUCAAUCUCAGUCUCCACGUAUUAACCAAUCAAACCUUUCAAUAUCCAGCCGUACAACUCUUCCAAAUCUAUCUUUGAAACCCAAACUCAAACACCACGGAGGCGUCAAAAUGACCGAUUCAGCCGCCGGGCGUUACGCAUCAGCAUUAGCGGACAUCGCCAACUCAAAAGGCACCUUAAAAGCAACAUUAUCCGACAUCGAAAAAAUCGACAAAAUAUUCUCAAUCAAACCCACGUUCAACUUUUUCACGAACCCAACAAUACCCGAAACCCAAAAACACAAAUUAAUACAAGAAAUAUCAAUAUCCGGGUUCCUGCAGCCAUACGUGUGCAAUUUAUUAAGCCUUUUGAUUGAAAAAAACCGAAUGAAUUUGAUCAGAGAGAUUGUUGAAGAAUUUGAGAUUGUUUAUAAUAAAUUGACGGAUACUGAAUUGGCAUUAGUGACGUCAGUUGUGAAAAUUGAUCAACAGAAUCUGGCAAAAAUUGCUAAACAAGUGAGGAGAUUGAGUGGGGCCAGAAAUGUGAGGAUUAAGACGGUUAUUGAUGAGAGUUUGGUAGGUGGGUUUAGUGUUAAGUUUGGAGAUUCGCAAUCCAAGCUGAUUGAUUUGAGUGUUAGGAAACAAUUGGAAGAUAUUGCUGCCAUUCAGCUUCAGAUUUGAGAUUUGUGAAUCCAUGUAAGAUGAGAUUUGACAUUAAGAAGGGCCGGUUGCUUGAGUGGGAAAGAUCGACUUAAGAAAAUCAUGUUGGUUUAACGAAAUUGUAUGGUGACUAUGGUCUGAAGGACCGAGUACCCUCUAGUCCUUUACUAGCUCUGUCUUUUCCGACUUUUGUGUUUAGUUAUGUUGUUGUAAAUUAUUACUUUUGAAUUUUGAUACUAGUUUAGUUGUAAUAAGAGUAAAUUUUUUCUUA